CGCGAGUGGGAGUGGGAGUGGGAGUGGAGAGCGAGUCUCUCGGUCUCGGCACAUUCACCCACUCCGCGCGGCGGCGGCGGCACUCCCCAAACGAGCCUCCCUCCCUACCGACUAACUCAAAACCGACGACCGUACGAACGAGCGACUUUCCCGGGCCGCCGUCGGUACACUUCCCGAGCGCUUUGUCCUUUUCUUCGGCUUCUUCUUCGUCGUCGUGUUGCCGCGGACGUGGGAGCCACGCGAGCAGAACAACCCGACCGGAGCUCUCCCGAAGCGACUAGCCGGCCAUUACGAGAGCAGACAACACGACGACCGGCUAUGGAGUGACGGAGAGCGGCCGCGAGAAGAGCCGAGGAGGACGGCGUGUGCUCCGCUCCAAGCCAACAUGGCGCUCCUGCUCUUUCGGGCUUCAUCCGAGCUGAGUUGAUUUCCCCGGGACUUCUUCGCCACCUGUACCCUCACUCGGAUUCUACAUCGCGAAACUGGCUUCAUUUUUUUCAACAAAUAAGGAUGACUUUCCUUUAGCGUGGAUAACCCCUUCGGCACUUUUUGCUGUUUAAAACUUGUCAAAAGAGGACAAAAAACGGCGCAAGUUGGCUGGAAGUGACGCCGAAUUAUCCAGGGCUACAUCUGUUCGUGAUGUCGAUGCUGAGACACAAACCAAUCUGGAGCUAAGACGAGGGAACCACAUCACAAACAUGGUGGAUGCAAGGUUGACGCCCCUGGCGGCCAUGGGGCUGGACCGAGGCGCCCUGAUACACGAUGGACUUCGCCUCCACGGCGGCGUUGUGUAUCCAGGGAUCAGAACGCUUCAGACAGAAAAGAGUAGAGAGGCAUCUGUCCUCCCGCUUGGUUACAGCCGGGAUGGUCUACAAGAGCUUGUCUACAAACCAGACGGCCCGCUGGACAGUCGUAAACCCACUAACGGAUACCUGGGUCUCUACAAGGGCAUCCCUGCUAAUCUCCAUAAGCCUGUGAUGAUUCCCGGAGCGGAGGGUUUAAGCUUGGAACGACGGGUGGCACCAGGGGAAAAAGUCCCUGAAAUGAGCUUGGCGACGCCUGGUGGGAGCUAUCUUCGUCUGCCCUGGCUCAACCCCUACCCAGAAGCCAGCAUGUAUCCCUUCAUGGACUCCUCCAAGUAUGCGGCUCUGAACAUGUAUAAAGCUUCAUUGCUCAGCCAGCCCAACCCUUACCUUCCCCAGCAUCUGGCCUACCCUUCUCUCUGUGCACCGCAGGGUGGGAACGUCAACCCUGCUGCAGUCACUUCUGCCGCCGAGAGGAUCUACUAUAUGCCUCCUUACCCCCCUCCCACUAUAUCAUCUCCCCUGGUGGCACCUUCCAUGAGGAUCCCCCCUGUCACGGUGGCCCCCACAUCUUUGGUACACUGCCAGGACAAAGCGCUUGGUGUUGCUUCUUCGUUUGUGCAGCAGCUUCACCAACCUUCCCCUCAUCCUCAGCACCAUCCAUCUGCUAUAGAGAGGGAGCGAUCGCCAAACCGGAGCAGUCGGCCAAGUCGACCGCCCUCUCGGAGUGGAACUAGCAAUAACAGCAGUAAUACAAGCACGGGUUCUACCAGUGGUGGGAAUAAUAAUAGUCUGCCGACUGACUGUUCACCUCACGCGUCUUCUCGCCUCUCCCAACCGCUCAUUGACAAUUCACUGGAUUUACAAAGGCCAGUUGCAAGGAUGGGCCAGCUUCCCUCCUCUUCAGCUUCAAUAUCUGCCUCACCGUCUGCCACGCAGCCUAUAUCGCAUCUAUUAUCUGUGUGCAGCAUGGCCUCAGAGCAGCCUUCCCCUGCCCGACCCAGACAAAGAGACGGGGCUCCCGGUGCUGAAAAGAGACCUAGCAGAUCACCCUCAAAGUCAAACUUUGACAGGACCGCUCACCCACCCCAAGCAACCAAAGAAUCGGGAGAGAAGCCGUUGGAUUUGUCUGGAAGAAUGCUUGAGUUUGGGCUGCCUCCUAAUGGGUUCCCCAUUAAGAUGGACAAUAUCGCUCCUGGUGCACGUUACGGACUUCCCCCUAGUGGAGAGCUCCUAAAAGACAACCGAUCCCUCUCUCCCUCCUCACACCCUCACUCUGUGGUAAACAGCACUUCUUCAAAGACAUCAGAGAGACCAGAGAUGAUCAGCACUUUACACUCCUCCUGGGUUGUACCCAGCCGGUCUCCGUCCCAAACACAGCACACACAGGGCUUGUCCCCAUCUCCUCGGCCCAACGCAGAUGUGGGACCUUCACAAGCCAAAGGCUCCUCGCCCUCAGUCAUCAAACACAAGAAUCUGGAAAGGGUGCUCCCUCAGCAGCGCAGCUCGUCCUGUCCAAGGAUAAGUGAGUCGACUACUCAACACUCAGAAUCCUCUCACAUCAGUUCCAGGGUUCUGUCUCCCAAACCCAAUGGUGACUGGGUCAAACACAGCCCUAUUCAGUCAGAACAUGUCACAGUUAUGGGCCACCACAGAGAAGGAGCGGAGAAGUCCUCUCAGAGUGCUAAAAGAGGAGAAACCACUCCUGAAACGUACAAGAGGCCCAUGUUGGAGAACGGACACCCGGCUGGACCCCUGUACCUUCCUCAGAGUGAUGCUUACCUAAACCACAGCUUGGCCUAUGCCAAUCAAUAUCUGCACUACCCCAUCCCUGACAGCAUGGCACUUCACUCCCUGCCAAUUGCAGGGAAAGGUCCUGUCUACCCUCACCCAGUGUUGCUGGGCAACAAUAGCCUUUAUCCAACCCACUUGGCAGCAAAACACCCUUUACCUUACCACAACUUGCCGCCUGGUUCAGCAGGGGAAUACCUUGCCUACAACUCACAGAAGAUGACUCACCCCCUGAUGCAGCCUCACUCCGAUAACAAAUUGUCUGAAAGGGGGGAUGGCAACUUGAAGCCACGGGCACAGGAAAAACCCCGAAGUUCUUUUGAUGAACGAGAGAAAAACAUGGGCAAGGAGAUGAGGGAAGGGAGCCAAAUAAAUUAUGAUAAAGAAGGACAAGGUGGCAAUCAUAUGAAAAGACCUUCUCCGUCUGUAGCGUACCGCGAAAAGAUUGACUGCAUUGACCUUGUUCACUCGGACACCGAUGCUGAGUCUACCCCAAACGUCCAGAAGAAACCCUCCUUGGAGUCUUCAACUUUUGACCAAAGUGAACGUUACCACAGCAACCAAAACACAAUGCAGACAGAGUACGAGCCAAAAUUUCAUCUUUCUCAUCCUUAUCCAAUGCUCUCAGGACAGAGCUCCACACAGAGACACAACCCUGCAGACAGGCAGCAUCAGGAAACGCUCUUAGGAAAGCCAAAGGUUCAUCGGGACUCAGGCUCUCCUGGAGCAACAUCUGGCACAUCCACAAAUAAUCCAGGGAAGCUUAGCCAAGAACACGACGACUCCUCAGAGGAACAGUGUCCUAGCCCGGACCCUGCAGACGACGACCAGAGCACCUUGCGCUGCGCCCGGACGUCCGGGGAGCGCAGCUCUGGUAAGGACAAAGGGCAGCGGGACAGCAGGGGUCCCCACGUUAGUCAUUCACAAUAUACUGCGAAAGAAGCUAUGUGUAGAGACACUGAAAACGAAGACAGCGUUGUGGACCUAGGGGAGUCUCAAGGCGAGGGCGACGAUGAGGACGAGGACGAGGACGGUUGCCAGACCUCGACCAGAAACUCCCGUCGGUCCAGCCUCGCCAAAAGGAUUGCCAACUCGUCAGGCUACGUCGGCGACCGCUUUAAAUGCGUCACCACGGAGCUGUAUGCCGACUCCAGCAAGCUGAGUCGCGAGCAGAGAGCUCUGCAGAUGGAAGUCAUAUCACGAGAGGGGAGUAAUAUAAGUCAACCUGCAGCUAACUGGGAGCGGGCCAUGAUGCGGUUCUCUGAGCUGGAGCUGAAGGAAAGGGAGGGCGGCAGCGGCGGUGUGUACUUGUCUGCGUCGGCUGCGGGACGAGAGUUGGCGGACAUCCAACGCAGAGAGCGAAUGCUGGAACACGGCCAGUACGCCACCCGACUCGGGGAAAGUGACGGGCUUCCACCGGCGUACCCCAACAACCGUGUCCCGGUCCUCCAGAGGUGCAUCGCUCAAAGCCUGGCAGAGUUUAGCGAAAGCGCUGAAUUGGGCCCCCCCACCUUGGCGGCGGCCACCAGGGAGUCUGCCGAGGAGGCGGCGCUCGGUCAUGACUUCGGUAGGAAGCGCCUGCACAUUCCCAAGGUGGAGCAGGAGGCGGAGCAUGAGGAUGGAGAGCGGCUGUCCCACCCUCUGAAAAGAGCCAAGAUGUCUGCCGACGAGCAGACCAGUCCCGAUGAUGACGACGACGACGACGACGUGCGGAAGCUGAAAGUCUGCAUCGAGCUCAAGGGUCUGCGCCUCAGCAAGCCCACCCAGGGCGGCGCCCCUUUGCCCGAUCUCCCCCUCAUCAAGCAGGAGCGCCCUUGGCCUCAGGCGCGACAGCUCGGCCUGGCCCGGCGUGACGAGCGAGUGGCGGAACAGAGAGCUGACGUCAACAGGAAGUGGCUGCUCAACGGAGUUGCUACGCCUCCCCUUCACCCUGGCGACCAUCUGAAGGACAGAGCGCACCCGCCGGGCCCCUUCUCAGGUGACUGUGGCCUGAAGGAGCCUCGGCACGGCCCUCCCUCUCCGUCCGCCGAGCCCUCGCUGGGAGGCGCGCCUCUCCUCAAGCUGCGUCGCCAUAGCGACGCGGACAAGCCCAAGGGCAAGCGGCCGUGCAAGACCAAACACACCAGCCAGCGGGAGCGGGAGAGGAGGAAAGAGGGCGCCCCCAGCAGCCUUGGCCAGCGUUUUCCGGCUGAUCUGGGAGCAGCCGAGGACGACAGGCUGAGUGAGCAUCGCGAGGCUCAGAGGAAGCGAGCUGCCUCUCCUAAUCAUUAUCCCUGCUCUCCAGUCAAGCCCUGCUCCCCCGCCGCGCUCUGCCCGCCCCCGCCGCAGCCCCUGGCGAACGGCAGAGCGGGCGGCGUCCCGCCAGAGGUCACCGGGCCGCACCGGACGCCCGCCGACGCCGCCACCCCGGCGGUGAGGCCCAUCCCGCCGGAGGCGCGGCGGCUGAUCGUGAACAAGAACGCGGGCGAGACGCUCCUCCAGAGAGCAGCACGUCUGGGCUACGAGGAGGUGGUGCUCUACUGCCUGGAGAACAGAGUGUGCGAGGUGAAUCACCGCGACUACGCCGGCUACUGCGCCCUCCACGAGGCCUGCGCCCGCGGCUGGCUCAGCAUCGUCCAACACCUGCUGGACUACGGCGCCGACAUCAACUGCAGCGCGCAGGACGGCACCAGGCCCAUUCACGACGCGGUGGAGAACGACCACCUGGACGUGGUUCGCAUCCUGCUGUCCUAUGGGGCCGACCCCACCCUAGCCACGUACUCUGGCCGAGGCCUCCUCAAGAUGACCCACAGCGAGCUCAUGGAGCGUUUCCUUAUCGAUUAUUUCGCUGACCUUCAGGGCCGCGCGGAUGACGACCCGGGGCUUUAUUGGGAAUGGUACGGCAGCGCGGUGUGCGAGUCCGCAGAGGAGGGCGGCACCGCCUACGACAUCCUGGCAGACCCGCCGGGCCCUGACGACGAGGACGAGGACGACAAGAGGGAGAUGUUUGAGUUUGAGUUCUCCGACCGGCCCCUGCUGCCUUGCUACAACAUCCAGGUGUCCGUCUCCCAGGGGCCCAGAAACUGGCUCCUCCUGUCCGACGUCCUCCGCCGGCUGCGCAUGUCGGCCCGCGGUUUCCGCCAGGCCUUCCCGCACAUGGAAGUGGUGACGGUGGCCGAGGCCGAGUUCUACCGGCAAGCGUCUCUGUCGCAGCUCUUCUCUUGUCCCGAGGAGCUGGAGGGUUUUCAUCCGGACAGCAAGGAGCUGCUGGACCUGGUGGAAGACAGCGCCGAGCUGGCCGCCCUGCUGGGCUCCACGCUGGAGUGCCUGGACGACCGCUGGGACCACGCUAGGGACAAACUGAAGGAGAAGAUCAAGGCCGCCGGACAGGUGGGCCUCAUCCUGAACCCGGGUCCCAAUAAGCACUGAUGCUCUUGCCGUUGUUGUAUAUAAAACCUACUUUUGGACCUGCUGGCUGACCUGUCAGCUUAGCCAUACCUUUGACUGUCAAUAACUGACGGUCAUAUUUUUUAUAAAUUAAUAUAUGUACAAAUAAGUAAAUAAAAAUGAAUAUAUGUAUGUACAUCCCUGUAUACAUGUGUGUACAUAAAACAAGAUUUCUUUCUGAUAAUGCUAACCACUGACAAGUGUGUCAGCAACAGGAUGGCAUGUGUGUCGCUGCCUGUGCCAUUGAAUGUGCUAUUGGAGUUCAUUUAGGGAGCACAUGAUGUACAAUUCUUCUGUCUGCCCCCUCCCUCCAACACUUCAAAGCAGGAGGGGCUAUUUUGUUGUAUCUUUUUUGUAAUGUUCAAAUCGUGCUUCCCGUCAAGUCUGUAAUUUAACAAGCGGAUCUGCAGCGUUGAUUGUAUAAUAAAGUUUUAUUGUAAUACUGAUCCUUUACCCAUUUGGCAAAGAGCUUGUGUGUGUAUAUGUAUAUACAUCUAUGUGUAUGUAUAUAUAUACCGUAUAUAUAUAUAUACACAUAUGUAUAUAUAAGACAGUGAGGCUACUGCAGUCAAAUCAACUUUUUUGGUGUUUGUUUUUAUUUUAUUUUAACUUUGUAAUUAAAAUAUCUCCUAAUUUGUAUUUAUAUUUUACAAAUGAAGUUGCUUUAAAAUAAAUAUACAAACUGCAAGAU